UAGCUGCACGCACAAGGUGAAGCAACCGCGAAAGGGCAAAUUCGAGCCAUAUAAAACGGGACACAUCUUACCUUAGUGUAUUCUGCAAACAGCUGAACGAAGAGCGCCUGCUUUGUACAAUAUCAUAGGAUAAUAUGUAUACUAUAACGACAUUUCUCCUGUCAUUAAUAGUAGGAUUAGCAUCAUGUGGUCGGCUUGAACCUCAAUAUCUACCGCCGCGGCCGGGCUUCGGCGGUGGUGGAAGUGGCGGAGCUGGCGGAGCGGGAGGCUCGGGGUCUGGUAGCGGAGGUGGGCCCUUCGGCGGAGGCUCUGGCGGGGGUAACGCUGGCCUGGGCGGUCUGGGUGGCAGCGGGUUCGGCGGCGGUAGCAGCUUUGGCGGAGGCAGUGGCUUCGGCGGUAGCGGGGGCGGAAGCGGUUCCGGCGCAAACAUACCCAUAUUAAAGUACGAGAAUGAAAACAACGGAGACGGCACUUACCGGUUCAGCUACGAAACUGGCAAUGGUAUCCAAGCUCAGGAAAGCGGCGCUCCUCGAGCCCAAGGACCAGAAGGUCCUGCCGUCACUGCAGAAGGUGCCUUCUCUUACCGCACACCGGAGGGCCAACAAAUCUCCCUCACAUACACCGCUGAUGAAACCGGCUUCCAUCCUGUAGGUGAUCACCUUCCCACUCCUCCACCCAUUCCUGAAGCUAUCCUCCAAUCCAUCGAGUUCAACAGACGCAAUCCAUCCUCUGAAGGAUCAUACAACGGCGGAGGCGGAGGUUCUGGCGGAUUCGGUGGAUCUGGCAGCGGAUCCGGUAGCGGCGCGUAUGGUGGAUCAGGGUCCGGCAGCGGGAGCGGCGGUUUCAAAGGCAACGGCGGCGGUUUUGGUUCCGGCGGCGGUGGUUUCGGCGCCGGCGGUAGUGGCGGUGCCGGUGGUUUUGGUGCCGGUGGUGGGGGCGGUUCCGGCGGUUUCGGUUCUGGAUCCGGUGCGGGCGGUGCCGGUGGCGGUUAUCACUACUGAUCUCGCACGGACACACGUUCCACUAAGAAAGAUCACUGAAUCGUUAUAUCAAAUGUUUUGGGCAUUUGUGUAGUAGCUUUUAAAUGUUAUUGUUAUAUUGGAAAACUUAACGAGCUUUUUCGACUUCUUGACUUAAUCGUCUUAUUUAAUUUUCUUACUCAACUUUGACGAUCACAAUGGCAUAUUUUUAGCGUGCCAAAUUAUUAUUUUGUUCUAUUCAUUGUUUGUUUGUUUUAUGUUAAUCGUUUAAAAUAAGCGUGUUCUGAAAGUUGGAACCUCAAAUGGCUAGUAAAUUUAUACUUAUUCUAAUGAUUAAGAGAAUUCACUGAGAUGUUAGGUUUUAAUGAGCGACCCUUGCGUGCAAUUUCGAUUCAGUAUAAUUUUCUUAGUAGAAUAAAGCUACGGACCAACCGUUCUUACGGCCUCAUUAUAAAUGUUUAGCUUUAUUUUAUGCUUAUUUAAGUUACUCAUAAAUACUUACUACUUCGCGUUUAUUAUGAAUAGAUAAUUCUUGAAUUGCUUUUAAAUUACCUUCCAUCUAGGACUGUGAUACCAGAACUCCCCGAAUCCUAAGUUAUUUAAAUAUGUAAUGUAUCAUAGGUACUAUGUAAAUACCUAAGCACGUAUAAUAAAUGAAUGAUUGUGA